AUGUUCAUCACCGGAACAUCCACUGUUCUGGGACGCGCCCUCACCGAGCUCGUCCUUGCGGUUGGCGAAAUCGUCGUCGCUACCGCCCACCGCACUGGCCCGCUCGACGAUCUGAAGGCGAAGAAUCACUCCGACCGCCUCUUCAUGCUCAAGCUCGACGUCACCAACUCCGACGAGAUCGGCGAGGCGUUCACGCAGGUGAAGGCCGCGUUCGGCCAGCUCGACAUCGUGGUGAACAACGCGGCGUGGAGCACGUUCGGCGAGGCCGAGUCAGCGCAUGAGGCAGACGCGCGCGCAAUGCUCGAUAUGAGCUUCUGGGGUGCCGCGAACGUUUUGCGCGCCGCGGUUGAGUUGUUCAACGAUGUGAACGCGCGUGGAGCUGGAGGAUGGCUGAUCCAGAUCCUGCCUGUCGGCGGGUUCGUCUGA